AUUACUAUUAUUUCUUCUUUUUUGGUUCACUUCUUUUAUCUCUUUUUUUUUUCUUUUUCUCUUUCUUCUUUUUCUUCUUUUUAUUUUAUUAUAUAUUUUACCUUUAUAUACUUUUAUACAUAUUAUAUAUUCAUAUAUAUAUAUUUAUGUUUAAGAGUGGAAUUGGUAGUUCUCAAAAUAAAUCCAUUCCUUCUUCUUCCUCUUCCUCGUCCUCCACUUCUUCAACAAAAAGUAGAACCUCUUUACGAUUACUUGCAACAAGAGGUUUUCGUCAACGACCACUUUCUAUACGAUCUACAGCAACUUCUUCUUCUAAUCAAUCCUUUUAUUCUCAAUCUUCCAACAACAUCAAUCUUGAACAGACUGGCAUCAAUUAUAGCAAUUAUAAUAAUAACAACAAUAGUUCUAUGUAUUCAAGGCAACAAAGGGCUGCUUCUGAUCCUAUAUCAAGUCCACAUAUGAUGGAAGGCAACACUCUUUAUUAUACAACAACUGCUGACUAUGAUGGAACUAUGCCUGCUGAUACUACUAGUAGAAGAAUGGAACGAUCAAGAAAUAACUCUGACCAACCUAUAUCUCCUAUGGCUACAACUAUGCGAUCUCUUAGUCCUCCUUCUUUAUAUGAUAUCCGAAACAGUUAUGAAGAUCCUGAUCAAUCAUUCGCAUCACCUCCACCUAUUAACGAACCUGACCCGUCUCAAUCGAUAUUCCCUCCUACCUCCGAAAUGCAACACAUAGCCAAUAUGGAUUUAGAAGCCAACAAUAAGAUUUUUAAAGUUAUGUACGCUGGAAUCGUCACAUACAAAACUAUUUCUGCUUUGAUACCGGUAAACAAACGACUCUACUUUGUCUUGACCAAUCAUCAUCUUCUACAAUACAAAUCAGAACAGAAAGCUCGCUCUGAAAUUGACUUGUUUGAUACACAACAUCAUCGACAUCAUGAUAACGUCACAUCAACAUCCUUUUCUCCUUUACCUCGUAUUGCUCAAGAUAAAAUUGUGGUUCAUCUAAGGGAUAUUUUUGGUAUUCAUACUGUUAUCUCUCCUCCAAAUACCUUUCGGGUCGAAUACCUACAACCUGACACCAAACAACCUCAAACUCUUGUUUUGACUGCCAACAGCCCCAAAGAAUGUCAACAAUGGAUCGAUGGUUUUCGUCAUGCAAUAAAAGUUCACCAUGUAUCGAUGAUGGCUCAAGGUACUGUUACCACAACGGAAAAAUUCGCAGCAGAGGAACGUUUAUCAAAGCAAAAGGAUAUGGUGGACAAAAGACGCAAUCCUUUGAUGAUACAUAAGGUGAUAUACAAAGAAAAACGGAUCAAGGUGACAGAUGGCAAGAAUUCAACAAAAGAAGUGUUCCAAGUGGUUACUUUGGCUAUUGGCAAAUUCAGCAUGUAUCUGCUUCCUCCUUCUGGUGUGGCCGAUGACAAAUAUUUGAAAGCAGUAGAACGCGAUCGAUAUGGACUUUUGGCUAUUCAUUCCAUUCAAUACUCAGCUGAUGAUGAUACUUUCAAACUGCUCAUUGGUCAAGUGGGACACCCAACACGGCAACUGGUACUAGUGUCAACUUAUUGUGAAUAUAUCAUUCAACAUUUACGCCAAGCUAUUCAUGCUGUAUCUUUGGAUGCACAAGCUAUCACUUAUUCUGCUACUUUACCAGCUCAUCUUCAACAAGCUUAUAUUACUCCUUUGCAAACUCUUGUGGAUGAUGACAAUAUCGUAGACAACAACAAUCAGAUCAAUACCAAUCCCUCUCAAAUGAUCGAUCCUGCUGAUGAAAAUGCUGUACGAUUCAACAUUGUGUUACAUGCUUAUUGUGCUGCUCUCAAUCUCAACAAGGCACGCUUUCAAUACAAACUCGAUGGUAUUUCUGGUGGUGCAAGAUCGUUUGUGUUACUGCCUCCUCAUGAAGUCAAUGAAACAUCAGCUUCUUAUACAAGAUAUGAACUUUUGGCUAUUUGUCGAUCCCUUCAUCGAAACCCUUUUUACACUGAAUUGAACUUUGGGAAACAAUCUUUGAAAGAAUUGGAGGAUUGGACUGUGGACAAGAAUGAUAGCUGGACCAAACCUUUUUGGAAAACGUUGAAUGUGUCUGAUGUACUUUCGAAUGAACUUCAUGCAAUACUCUCUGGCAAUGCAAGGUUACAACGAUUAGAUCUCUCUGAAUGUAGCAUAGGUAGUAACAAAACUUCUACUAGUUCAGCAUUGACAGUGAUUGGAUUGAAUAUGCGAAAUGGAAACUGUCAACUACGAUCAGUGAUGUUAGGAAAAAAUCAUAUGAAAGCAACAGAUUUACACUCUCUUUUGGCUGGUAUUCGAGCAAGUCCCAAGGCAGUAGUGGAAUUGGAUGUACAUGAAUGUGGACUUACUGAUGAACAAAUCGGCAUGCUUCUUACUACGUUACUCUCAGAAAGGCCUGAAAAAUUACAACUUUUGGAUAUAUCGACCACGUCUAGGGAUCCUCAUCCUCAUCAUUCACACUAUCGUCAUCAGCGUCAACCACCUACAUCACCUACAACUACGGCACAUGAUAAAUCUGAAACUUCAAAAGGACGAUUAGAUCUUACGACCAUCCAAUCAUUACUUCAACGGUGCAAACGAUUGGCAGUUUUACGGCUAAGAGGGUAUGAUCUAUCUCUGGAAAAACAUAUGUUUGAUGCAAGUGCAUUACGAGAAUUGGACUUGGGAUACAAUCGAUUAGGUACAAGUGGUGUGGCUAUUCUAUGUCAAUGGAUGCAAACGCAAUCAUUCAACUCUGUGGAAGCUUUAAAUGUGAAUGGGUGUGGUCUUGAUGGUCGACAUCUCCGUGAUCUCCUGAUGGCUAUUACCAAAUCUGGCAAUCGACGAGUGCAUUUGAAUGUGGGUGGCAAUCCAGUAUGGCGCGAAGUGAUGUAUAUCCCUAACUUAUGUAAUGCAUUGAUGCAAGGGGAGGGUCCAUGCUCCAUGUCAUUGGCGAAAACUGAUUGGGAAGAUGGUACACUACGUGAAUUUUUGGACUGCAUUCGUGAUAAUCACACUAUCAUGUUUUUGGAUUUAUCAGACAUUCGGGUCACUGGGUGUGAUGCUUUAUCAGAUGAUACAGUGCGUGUUUUGGCCUCUGUUUUUGAACGCAAUACAACUCUCCGUGAACUCAAACUCAACAUGACGUCUGCAAGGAACAAGGAAGGGUGCGCUAAUAUUGGAAAAGGGAUCGUAGACGCUAUAGAUGCUGGACUGAAACAAAAUAGAUCUUUGGAACGUCUUGAACUUAACGGUGUGGGUAUUGGUGAUGUUGGCGCUUCUGUAUUGGCAAACGUUAUGACUGUCAAUCGUGUCUUGCAAUCUCUCCAUAUUGAUGAAAAUAAGAUCACAAUCGAUGGUUAUCGUGCACUUGUUGCAGCAUUCGAAGCUGGUACUUCUGUUGUUGAUUUACCAAAACCAAAGAUGGAUAUACGACACCAAUUGACUAUACUGAAGGAAACCAUCAACGAAUUGACACAAAUUGAAAAUGAAACAAGGUGGUUUAUUAUGCAUUCUACAGGCACAGAUGUCAAACAUGCCAAGACACAACUAUUGAUGCAACUACAAGCAAGACAAACAGCAGAACUGAAUUACAAGCAAAUUUUGGAUGUAGUGGAUGAUAUGUUACGAUUGGUGGCACGUAAUGGACAACGAUUCAAUACUUCUCAAGACCGAGUUCGUGAAAUACAACUUCAAGCACAAUCAGCAGCUCAAGAAUUGGCUAUAGCUCAAUUACGUUUACAAUCUACAAGGGUAACAAGUGCUAAUCUCAGUGCUGUUGGUGUACCUCGAGGACGUGCACGAAACAGUUCAACCAGUUCUUAUAGCAGCAGUAGCAACAGUGAUCGUGGAACCGCCAUGGCACCAUCAAUAUCGUCAACUAUGCAAUCAUCACAACAGUAUAUCUAUGGCAACAACUCUCAUAGUCGAUCGCCAACUAUGGAUUCUGCGUCUCAACGACCCUUAUCACCUCUCUCUGGAAACAGUAGUUAUUAUUAUUAUUAUAAAAAUGGCAACAAUGGUAGUGAAUCUCCUAUGACAUCUACUUCAACACCAUACUAUUCUCCUUCUGAUUUUCCAACCAAUCAACCACUUCCUCCUGCGCCUCAACUCUAUGAUGGAUCAGCAUUCAACAGUGGUAAUAGUAUCAGCGGACAUAGCAAUCAUAGUGGUGGUAGCAGCGGUAGUCUUUCUCGGCGCAACACUGCAACUACAUCUAUUUCCUCUCCAAGAACACCUCAUGGUACAACUGGGCUUUAUCUUUCAGCAUCUUUAUCAUCAUCUUUUCCUAACAAAGGUGGAAGACGUGGACAACCUAUUGUGGCAUAUGAUGAUGAUGAUGAUAAUGGCAGUGAAUAUACGUUGGAUCAUCCUGGAUUUAUUGAAGAUUUUGGUGGUAAAUCAUCUUCUGGAUCAUCAAGACGCCACGAUUAUCGUUUACAACAACAACAACCAAGACAACAAUUUAUACGAUUACCUGAUAUUCCUGAUUCGUAUUCUCAUGAUUCCCUCCAUGACGAAGAUCGUUUAUGUGAUCAAUUCAAGAAUAGAAUGUAUCUACCUCCUGAUGAAUGUGAUUAGUUUAGGUUGUUUUUUUUUUUUUUU